ACUAGCACCACCCCCUUUAUUCCACCAAACCUUGUAUAACCUCCACCAUCACCUUAUACAAUAUCCCAUUACCUCACUUCAUUUUCCUCAUAUAAACAUAUCCAUACAUAUGAUAUAUGACAUAUAUAUGUGUGUGUGUGUGUAGAGCAGCAGCUGAUUACUACUGCUACAAGCUCUUAAACUGUCUCUUAGAACAGCUUCUGUAAAUCAAUUAAAACUUAGUAGCAAUGUUAGAAGGGAAGGCUGUGAUUGGCGAGACCGAUAUGCUGCAAACUAUGCAGCAAGAUGCGCUUGAUUUAGCAGCAAAAGCUCUUGAUUAUUUCGACAUCACGGAGGCAACUGAAAUUGCUCGCUUCAUAAAAAAGGAAUUUGACAGGACGUGGGGAGCAGGAUGGCAGUGUAUUGUGGGGACUGAUUUCGGUUCAUUUGUGACACAUUGCAGUGGCUGCUUCAUCUAUUUUUGCGUUGGUAGCCUUGCAAUUUUGCUCUUCAAGGGCUCUGCAGGCUCGACCUCAGAGCCCGAGGAAGACGAUGAGUUCGAUACCUUAGAAACUAUUGUGAAAGCAUAAUUGAUGUUUCUUUUUUCACUCUUUCUUCUUACAAUUCUCUUAUUUUUUCUUACCUUGAUCAUUUUGUAAAUCCUUGGAUGGGUCCGAUGUCCUGUAUUUACCAGGCUGAAAUGGCAGAGAUGUGCAGUUCUA